UGAGGGUUUCUUUUCUUUCACCCCAAAUCCUCACUCUAAAACAGACACACAAACGACGUUUCCUCUCCGACAGCAUGACUGCCCAGUCCCAGGAAGAACUCUUGGCCGCCCAUCUGGAGCAACAAAAUAUCGAUCCUGAGGAACCUGUGAUCGAGGAUGACGAUGAAGAGGAUGAUGAAGAUGAUGAUGAUGACAAAGAUGAAGAUGACGUUGAAGGACAAGGAGAUGGUAGUGGAAGAUCAAAACAGAGUAGAAGCGAGAAAAAGAGUCGGAAGGCUGUGCUAAAGCUGGGGAUGAAGGCCAUCCCAGGGGUCAGCCGGGUCAAUGUUAAGAAGAGCAAGAAUAUUCUGUUUGUCAUCUCAAAGCCAGAUGUUUUCAAGAGCCCAACUUCAGAUACAUAUGUUAUAUUUGGUGAAGCAAAGAUUGAGGAUUUGAGCUCGCAAUUGCAAACUCAAGCUGCAGAGCAGUUCAAGGCUCCUAAUAUCAGCAAUGUGAUAUCCAAGCCUGAGCCAUCAACUGUAGCUCAGGAUGAUGAAGAUGUAGACGAGACUGGUGUAGAACCCAAGGACAUAGAAUUGGUCAUGACGCAAGCUGGUGUUUCAAGGGCCAAGGCUGUGAAGGCUCUCAAGGCUGCAGAUGGAGAUAUUGUGACUGCCAUUAUGGAACUUACAAACUAGGAAGCCCUCCAAGAGUCUCCUGAGACCAAUGAGGGCAGAAUCUGUAUUGUCAAGUUUUAUAUUGUUGUGGCUUUCUUAUUGCAGCUCUUUUUCAUUGACUUCUUUUUAACUACUCUUAUAAUGUUUGAGCUUAUCUAUAGAAUGUUUAUGAAUUGUAUCAGAGUUAGAAAAGUACCAUGUGAUUUAUGAUGUGGCAAUGGCUGCGUGAGAGUUUUAUGGCCUCAUGUCUAGCUUCUUUGUAUUGGUUUAUAGGGUUUCACUUCCAAAACAAGGACGCAGGAAAAUGAUAGAAAAUGACAUUAUGGCAAUUUGAGAUCG